AUGGGCAAGUGUUAUGGUAUGCAAGUUAAACUCCGGUUAACGAAGCCCUUGUCAUUUGCUGAUUGUGUUGGGGAUGAGCUGCCGUGGGGCUGGGAAGCAGGGUUUGACCCACAGAUUGGCGUCUACUACAUCGAUCAUGUCAACAAAACCACACAGAUUGAAGAUCCGCGAAAACAGUGGAGAGGGGAACAGGAGAAGAUGCUCAAGGACUAUCUCUCGGUGGCUCAGGAUGCUCUCAGGACGCAGAAGGAGCUGUACCACGUGAAAGAGCAAAGACUCGCUUUGGCCCUCGAUGAAUACGUACGAUUAAAUGAUGCCUACAAGGAGAAGUCAAGUUCUCACACAAGCUUAUUCUCAGGAUCUUCAUCCAGUACUAAAUAUGAUCCCGAUAUUUUAAAAGCGGAGAUCUCCACUACACGAUUAAGGGUUAAAAAGCUGAAGCGAGAACUCUCACAGAUGAAGCAAGAAUUGCUGUAUAAAGAACAAGGCUUUGAAACGUUGCAACAAAUAGAUAAAAAAAUGUCUGGAGGCCAGAGUGGCUAUGAACUUAGUGAAGCCAAAGCCAUUCUAACUGAACUGAAAUCGAUCAGAAAGGCUAUUAGCUCAGGAGAAAAAGAAAAGCAAGAUCUGAUGCAGAGUCUUGCUAAGCUGCAGGAGCGGUUCCAUUUGGAUCAGAGCAUUGGCACAUCCGAGCCAGACUUGAGAUCCAGUCCUGUGAACUCCCGUUUAUCUCUGUCCAGACAGACCCUUGACGCUGGGUCACAGACAAGCAUUUCUGGAGAUAUCGGAGUGAGAAGUAGAUCAAAUUUAGCUGAAAAGGUCAGGCUGAGCCUACAAUAUGAAGAAGCCAAAAGAAGUAUGGCCAACUUAAAAAUUGAACUGUCGAAACUGGACAGCGAGACGUGGCCCGGGGCGCUGGAUAUCGAGAAGGAGAAGCUGAUGCUGAUCCACGAGAAGGAAGAGCUUCUGAAAGAGCUUCAGUUCGUCACCCCGCAGAAACGCACUCGAGACGAACUGGAGCGCCUGGAAGGCGAGAGGCGGCGGCUGGAGGACGAACUGCUGUCCGCGAGGGGUCCGCCGAGCCGAGCCCUGGCCGAGAGAUUGAAAUUGGAAGAGCGAAGGAAAGAGCUCCUACAGAAACUUGAAGAAACUACUAAAUUAACUACUUAUUUGCAUUCACAACUUAAAAGCCUCUCGGCCAGCACCCUGUCCAUGUCGUCCGGGAGCAGCCUGGGCUCCCUGGCCUCCAGCCGGGGGUCUCUGAACACUUCCAGCAGAGGCUCGCUCAGCUCCCUCAGUUCCGGAGAGCUCUGUUACACCAGUCAGAGCGACCAGGUGGACACGGAUUAUCAGUGCAAACUGGACCUCCUUCUACAGGAGAAAGGCGGCUACAUUCCUUCUGGACCCAUCACCACCAUCCACGAAAACGAAGUGGCCAAGUCCCCCAGGCAGCCUGGCCAGAGCAGUCCCUGUGGGGCGGCGGCUGCAGCCACAGGGCACACGCCCCCACGGACUGAGGCCCCCAAGUCUGUGACGUCCCUGUCCUCACGGUCCUCCCUCUCCUCCUUGUCCCCUCCCGGCUCUCCCUUGGUUCUAGAAGGCACGUUCCCCAUGUCUGCUCACGAUGUCCCUCUCCAUCGGUUCACUGCUGACUUUGAAGACUGUGAAUUGAGUAGCCAUUUUGCAGACAUCAGCCUCGGCGAGAGUCAGAUCUUGCUGGAUUCACAUUCAGGAGGAGUGUCCCAGUCUCUCUCAGAGGAUAAAGACCUCAGCGAAUGUGCCCGGGAGCCGUUGUAUGAAGGAACUGCAGAUGUGGAAAAGUCAUUACCAAAAAGAAGAGUAAUCCACCUGCUCGGGGAGAAGACCGCCUGUGUGUCGGCUGCUGUGUCCGAUGAGUCUGUGGCUGGAGACAGCGGGGUCUACGAAGCUUUCGUGAAACAGCCUAGUGAAGUUGAAGAUGUUCCCUACAGCGAAGGGGAUGUCACCAUCGUGGAGACAGCCCAGGUGCAGGUCGGCCUCAGAUACGAUGCAAAAAGGUCAAGUUUCAUGGUGAUUUUAGCACAACUUCGAAAUCUUCAUGCCUUCUUGAUACCUCACACUUCAAAAGUAUACUUUAGGGUUGCUCUGCUUCCCUCCUCGACGGAUGUCAGCUGUCUGUUUCGAACAAGAGUCCAUCCAGCCACAGAAUCCAUCUUAUUCAAUGAUAUGUUCCGAGUGGCCAUUUCCCAAACAGCCUUACAGCAGAAGACGCUGAGAGUCGAUCUUUGCUCUGUUAGUAAACACCGAAGUGAAGAAUGCCUGGCUGGAACUCAGAUCAGUCUGGCUGAUUUACCAUUUUCCAAUGAGAUUUUCACUCUGUGGUAUAACCUGCUUCCUUCCAAGCAAAUGUCUUGCAAAAAGAAUGACGAAGAAAAUGAGGACUCUGUAUUUCAACCAAAUCAGCCAUUAAUAGAUUCUAUAGACUUGGAUGCAGUGUCAGCCUUACUUGCAAGAACAUCAGCCGAGCUGUUGGCUGUGGAACAGGAAUUAGCACAGCAAGAAGAAGAAGAAGAGGAAGAAGAAGAACCCGGGCAGGAAGAAGAGCAAAGAGGUCCAGAUGGAGAUUGGUUGACCAUGCUGCGAGAGGCCUCUGAUGAAAUUGCGUCUGAAGAAGAGGCCCCCGUGAAGUUGCCAGAGGGCAGUAGCUGUCCAGGAGACUUGUGCUCGUGCCCGAGCGCGCCCGAGGCGCAGGAGGACGCGGGCAGGAGAGAGCGUGGCUGUGUUGAGGACCGCGGGCGCCAGCCACCUGCCGGGCCGUGCACCCUGGUCGAUAAAGAGACAAACACGGAGGAGGCAGGUGAUGCCGGGGUGGCGGUUCGCCCCAAAGAGCGCAGCUGCCUGAGCGCUCGGCAGCGGCCCUUCGUGCGGAGCAGCGUGAUCGUGCGCUCGCAGACCUUCUCCCCGGGGGAGCGUAACCAGUACAUCUGCCGGUUGAAUCGAAGUGACAGUGACAGUUCAACCUUGGCUAAAAAAUCACUGUUUGUGAGAAACUCCACUGAACGGCGCAGUUUGAGGGUCAAAAGGACGGUUUGCCAGCCAGUCCUGAGACGAACAGCACAAGAACGCCCAGUGCGCACAUCUCUAGACCUAGAACUGGACCUUCAGGCAUCUCUAACCCGGCAGAGCCGUCUCAAUGAUGAGCUGCAGGCCCUCAGGGGCUUGAGGCAAAAGCUGGAGGAGCUGAAAGCUCAGGGAGAGACUGACCUUCCGCUGGGUGUGCUGGAAGAUGAGAGGUUCCAGAAGCUCCUGAAACAAGCUGAGAAACAGGUACAGAUCUCAGUGUCCCCACUGUCCCUGAGGGGCGGGCGAAGAGUGGGUCCUAAAGCCUGCCCUGUGGAAGGUCCCCAGCUUACACCUGGGUUUGACCAAGUCUUCAGGUCCUUUUGCUGGAACUCAGAACACUUUUUUCCCAUUGUCAUAGGACUUUUUUUAACCUAGGCUAUUGCUAAGAGAGUGGUUACUGCCACCCACCAGGGUACAGAUAGGAGGUCCCCCCACCACGUCACCCCCACCCCACUGGCCACCUGACUGCCAGCAAGGAGCACAGUUGCCAGGGAGGGUGGUGGUCUGUUUCUGCUCAGCAGUUGUCUCCGUCUCAACACGAGACUUGGCAAAUAAAUACAAUAUAACUUUUAAUAUAAAUGACAAAUUUCAUUUGAAUUUUCUGAGUAGCUCUUUGAGAUUCAUGAACCACCUCAGUUGUAAAUGCAUUGUUCAUUUUAAUGCUUCUAAAUUUUCACAUUCUUUCUUUCCUUCAAAAAAGAUCACACUCCACAUAUUGGCAUUAUUUCCUGUCUUUCACCAUACAGGUUACUAUACAAAAUAAGGUAAAAUCACUGAUUAAAAA